GCAAGCGGUCCGAACACCACCUAACUUUCACUGGGCCGGACCGGGCGGUGGGCAACCCCCUGUUUGGACCGAUGUGCUGGCGGAGAUGUCCCGACAUAUCUACAUACGAAAUAAGAUCGGAGAAGGCAUCCAGGCGCCAAUAUUUCAGGUGAAUCGAGGGACCUACUCCAGGAGGAGUCGGCUGAAGAGAUCUGAUGGCAGCACCACCUCUACCAGUUUCAUCCUUAGACAGGGCUCAGCGGAUUCCUACACUAGCAGACCGUCGGACUCUGAUGUGUCGCUGGAGGAGGAGAAGCCGGAGUCGGGAGGAGGGAGUCAGGGCCGCCAGGAGAGGGAGCAGCAGGCCGCCAUACAGCUGGAGAGGGCAAAGUCCAAAGCUGUGGCCUUUGCUGUGAAGACCAAUGUCAGCUACUGUGGGGCCCUCGAUGAGGAUGUUCCCGUGCCAGGAACGGCCAUCUCUUUUGAUGCUAAGGACUUCCUGCACAUAAAAGAGAAGUACAACAAUGACUGGUGGAUCGGGCGUCUGGUGAAGGAGGGCUGUGAGAUCGGCUUCAUCCCCAGCCCUCUGAAGCUGGAGAACAUACGCACGCAGCAGGAGCAGAAGAAGAGCCGCAUCCAAGGUAAGUCCAGCGGAAGCUCCUCCUCCAGUCUGGGAGAUGUGAUGUCAUCAGGGAAGCAGAAACAGAAAGUGACGGAGCACGUGGCCCCCUAUGACGUGGUGCCCUCCAUGAGACCCGUGGUCCUCGUUGGACCCUCCUUAAAAGGCUAUGAGGUGACAGACAUGAUGCAGAAAGCUCUCUUCGACUUCCUGAAGCAUCGCUUUGAUGGCAGGAUAUCUAUCACCCGCGUGACAGCAGACAUAUCUUUGGCUAAGAGAUCCGUGCUGAACAACCCCAGCAAGAGGGCCAUCAUUGAACGCUCCAACACCAGAUCCAGCCUGGCGGAGGUUCAGAGUGAGAUUGAGCGUAUCUUUGAGCUGGCGCGCUCCCUCCAGCUGGUCAUCCUGGACGCGGACACCAUUAACCACCCGGCCCAGCUGAUGAAGACGUCCCUCGCCCCCAUCAUCGUCCACGUCAAAGUGUCCUCGCCAAAGGUGCUGCAGCGGCUCGUUAAGUCCAGGGGGAAAUCUCAGAGCAAACACCUGAAUGUCCAGCUGGUGGCAGCAGACAAACUGGCCCAGUGUCCUCCGGAGAUGUUUGAUAUCAUCCUGGACGAGAACCAGCUGGAGGACGCGUGUGAGCACCUGGCCGAGUACCUGGAGGCGUACUGGAAGGCCACACACACCUCCAGCAGCACGCCCCUCAACCCCCUGCUGGGCCGCAACCUGGGGCCCACCGCCCUGGCACCCUACCCCUCCACCAUCUCUGGCCUGCAGCAGCAGGGGCAGCAGCAGCAGCAACAGCAGCAGCAGCGGACGCGGCACAGCAACCACAGCGCCACCGACCACUCCACCGCCAACGAGCGCCGCAACCUGAUGACCACCGACGAGAACUACCACAACGAGCGCGCUCACAAGGGCCGCGGCCCGCGCUCGACCUCCCAGCAGCAGCAGCAACAGCAGCAGCACGGGGGUCGCGACCCCUACGCCGAGCAGGGCUACCAGGACCCCUACCAGGACACCUACAAGCCCCACCGCAACCGGGGCUCCCCCGGGGGCUACAGCCAGGACUCCAGGCACCGCCUCUAA